GAUUAAAUAGACUCGAGGAAAACAUCCUGAAAUGUACACCAAGUCUAUGCAUACAGAAAUCAGUCAUCUGCUGAUAAAGUAUCACAACCAACUUAAGGAAAACAAUCCGGACCAGUUACAGCUAGACCUGAGCCGGAUGGGUCCGUGUGAGAUUUGGAUUAAAUUUUGCAAUCGGAUAAAGACGCAAAAGAUCGACGACAUUAGUGGCAACGAUGGGGAUGAUCCGAUUGGCGACGACGACGAUGAGGUCGUUUCGGCUGAUUCUCCGGGGUUUUCCCCCGGAUUUUCGCAAUUUUGUGUCGCAGAAAACGCACCGAACAAUCUGUGUCGAUUGUGCCCUUUACGGCUAAGCAAACAACUCCCCAGUAUGCCUUCUGGACGGCGUGACUAUAUUAGCAUUUUCUACCAAAACGUCGGUGGCAUUAACUCUUGCGUUAAUGAGUAUUUGUUGGCCUCUUCCUGCUGCUGCCAUGAUGUUAUUGCCCUAACCGAAACAUGGCUGAACGCCAGGACCUUCACCAGUCAGGUCUUUAGUUCUGACUAUGUCGUGUUUCGUUGCGAUCGUGGCCCCAGUAACAGUCUGAAGUCAACCGGAGGCGGAGUUUUACUGGCCAUCAAAUCAACUCUGCAAGCUGUGUCUAUCGACGACAAUUCCUGGGAUGAUCUGGAAAUUGUGUGGGCCCGCAUCGAUCUCGGUAACCGGAAGCUCUUUGUGUGUGUGGUCUAUAUCCCUCCGGAUCGUACACGAGAUGUGAGUAUUGCCGAUUCGUUUUCCAGCUGCCUCACCAAAGUCACGUCGCUUGCCUCACCUGAAGACGACAUAUUAAUCAUCGGUGAUUUUAAUUUACCGGGUAUCAAAUGGUGUCCCUCUCAAGGCGGAUUUUUAUAUCCUGACCCAGCUCGUUCCUCAUUUUCGGCAUUCUCCGAAAUUAUUUUUGACUCCUUAAGCACAGCCACUCUCCGUCAGAUCAAUAGCGUCGAGAAUGAAAACGGACGUAUGCUUGAUCUAUGUUUCGUGAAUGAAGGAAUUAGAACGCCGACAAUUGAAUUAGCUCCUGUGCCUUUGGUCAAAUUGGUUCGUCAUCAUCCAGCUCUGCUCAUCUCAAUUGAAGUUUCCGACUUGGAUAUUUCUUCUAGAAAACCAGCUGCAUUCUUUCUCGAUUAUAAAAACGCGGACUUUCAAGCUAUCUCUGAUGUGUUAAACUCUGUAGACUGGGAAUCCGAGCUUACACUUUCUGAUCCCAAUGCCGCGGCUGAAACUUUUUCACAUGUCAUCAAUUACAUUAUUGAUCGUCAUGUUCCGAAACGUUUGGUGAAUGAAAAUUCAAGAGCUCCCUGGAUCACCAAAGAAUUGCGCCAGAUGAAAACUUUAAAAUGCAAAGCCUUCCGCUAUUAUAAUAGGCACAAAUCACAAGACGCUAAAGACCAUUACCGUAAACUUAAUUCUGCGUAUAAAAAAGCUAGCAGCCGAUGCUAUAGGAACUAUCUGACGCUACUGCAACGAAACUUCAAGAAUAGUCCUAAAUCAUUCUGGAAACAUGUCAAAGAUCAGCGGAGAGAAUUUGGACUUCCAACCAACAUGUUCUUGGAGGGCGAAACUGCAAGUUCGGAUCUCGGUAUAUCGUCUCGAUACUUCGUUUACAGCGGACCUCAGAGCGAUCUUAAAACGCUGACGGACUUUGUAGACAAUCGUGUCUCUAUUAGCAUGUCCAAAAAUUUGGCGAUAAUGGCCCAAAAGCUUUUGGGUAACUAG